GAGGGGCGUGGCUGGCGCGCCGGCGCUGGAGCCGGGAAGGGGGUGCGGGUGAGCGAUGGUCGCAAGAUGGCGGCACUGAAGGAGGCUCGGAGCUACGGGCUGUCGUGCGGGCGGGUGAGCGACGGCAGCAAGGUGUCGGUGUUCCACGUGAAGCUCACCGACAGUGCCCUGAGGGCUUUCGAGAGCUACCGCGCCAGCCAGGAUUCUGUUUCUCUGAGACUGUCAAUUCGAUUUCAAGGAAGUCAAGGGCACAUCUCCAUCCCUCAGCCUGACUGUCCCUCAGAGGCACGGAACUUCUCCUUCUACCUUUCAAACAUUGGCCGCGACAGCCCCCAGGGCAGCUUCGACUGCAUCCAGCAAUACGUCUCCAGCCAUGGGGACGUCCACCUGGACUGCCUGGGCAGCAUCCAGGACAAAAUCACAGUGUGUGCCACCGACGACUCCUAUCAGAAGGCACGGCAGAGCAUGGCUCAGGCCGAGGAGGAGACGCGGAGCCGUGGUGCCAUUGUCAUCAAGGCUGGAGGCCGCUACCUGGGCAAGAAGGUUCAGUUUCGGAAGCCAGCACCAGGGGCAACGGACGCUGCGCCCUCCCGGAAGCGGGCAACCCCCAUCAACCUGGCGAAUGCUAUCAAGAAGAGCGGUGUUGGCAGCGUUGGUGGGAGUGGUGGGGUGUCACAGAGGCCUUUCCGUGACCGCGUGCUGCACCUCCUGGCACUGAGGCCCUACCGCAAGGCUGAGCUGCUGCUGCGGCUACAGAAGGAUGGCCUGGCCCAGGCAGACAAGGAUGCUCUGGACGGCCUUCUCCAGCAGGUGGCCAACGUGAAUGCCAAGGACGGCACGUGCACACUCCAGGACUGCAUGUACAAAGGCGUGCAGAAGGACUGGCCCGGCUACUCAGAGGGGGACCAGCAGCUGCUGAAGCGGAUGCUUGUCCGGAAACUCUGUCAGCCACAGAGUGCAGGAGGCCUCCCUGCAAACCCUGAUGCCAGCAGCCCUCCAGGGGAGCACAGGAGCUCAGCCUCGCCCCCUCAGAAACGACCACAGCCUCCUGAUUUCAUCGACCCCCUGGCCAACAAGAAACCAAGGAUAUCACACUUCACCCAGAGAGCCCAGCCCACUGUCAAUGGGAAGCUGGGCCUGCCCCAUGGCCGAGAGGCCCUGCUGCCCACCCCGGGCCCGCCGGCUGGCACGGAGGUCCAUCUGCCGACCAGGCUAGAGUCCCAAAGGGCCCAUGACCCUCUGGCUGAUGCCAGCAGUGAUCGGGGCCACAGUGGCCGGGACUGUGAGCGAGGGGAAGUGGCCUCCUCAGCCCCCACCACACACCUCAGCCUGCCCCUGCUGACGGACUGUGCCCAGCCCAGCAGGCCCCACGGCAGUUCGUCACGUGGCAAGUCCAAGAAGAAGUCCAAGAAGCACAAAGACAAGGAGAGGGUGGCCGAGGACAAGCACCAGGCCCGGCCACCAGACCGUGUACCCAGCCCUCUAGGAAUCCCAUCAAAUGCUCCAGGCCUAAAUGGGACUUGCAGCAGCUCCAGUGUCCCUACAUCGACCUCGGAGACGCCCGACUACUUGCUAAAAUAUGCCACCAUCUCCUCCUCGGAGCAGCGCCAGAGCUACAAGAACGACUUCAACGCCGAGUACAGUGAGUACCGCGACCUGCACGCACGUAUAGAGCAGAUCACACGGCGCUUCACGCAGCUCGACACCCAGCUCCGGCAGCUCUCCCAGGGUUCCGAGGAGUAUGAGACCACUCGUGGGCAGAUUCUGCAGGAGUACAGAAAAAUAAAAAAGACCAACACCAACUACAGCCAGGAGAAGCACCGCUGUGAGUACCUGCACAGCAAGCUGGCCCAUAUCAAGAGGCUCAUCGCCGAGUACGACCAGCGGCAGCUGCAGGCCUGGCCCUAGUCCGAGGCCGCAGGGCAGGAGGUCCCGCUCUGCAGGCCAGGCCAGCUCCCCUCACCGGGCUGACCCUCCUGGAUGGCGGGGAACUGGGAGCUGGUGGGGGGCAGCUGCAGAUGGGAAAAAGAUUUAUUUAAAAAAUAAACACAAGGAAGACACGUU